AUGUCGCUCUAUGAUUGUGCCAUGUGGCACGUCUGCAGCGCGUCUCCUAUUGGCUCUGGCAGCUUAAUCGGCUCGACGGCGGCUCCUCGGCUCCGGCGGCUUAUUCGGCUUGGGAAACCUGUUUCCAGCCCGUUUGACACCAUUCCGACCCUCCUGGACCUAGUUUCGGCCCUGUUUAAGUAUGCAGUGGGGUUGGUAAGUGGAGGACAGUACUACGGAGCCCAGGCAAGCAUGAACGUAUGGAAGCCGCGGGUCAGCUAUCGGAAUGAGUUCAGCCUCUCACAAAUGUGGCUCGUCUCCGGUUCAUUCCCACGUGAUCUCAAUACCAUUGAAGCUGGGUGGCAGGUUGACCCAGAGCUGUAUGGAGACAACAAUCCAAGAUUGUUCACUUAUUGGACAGCCGACGCAUAUCAAGCAACAGGCUGCUACAAUUUACUCUGUCCAGGCUUCGUUCAAACCAACCGUAGAAUCGCCAUUGGAGCUGCAAUUGCUCCAACUUCCUCCUACAAUGGCGCCCAAUUCGAUAUUAGUUUACUGGUUCGGAAGGAUCCGAAGAAUGGGAAUUGGUGGUUGGAAUUCGGGUCGGGUGAGAUGGUCGGGUACUGGCCGGCGUUUUUGUUCACUCACCUUCAAAGCCACGCAACGACGAUACAGUUUGGCGGAGAGGUGGUGAAUUCGAGGGCGUGGGGAUUUCACACGGCGACAGAAAUGGGGAGCGGGCAUUUCGCAGGCGAAGGAUUCCAAAAAGCUUCUUAUUUUCGAAAUCUGAAGGUUAUGAAUUGGGAUAAUAGUUUGAUUCCAUUGUCCAAUUUGAAGGUUGUGGCAGAUCAUCCAAAUUGCUAUAAUAUUCAACCUCGGAUUAAUAGAGUUUGGGGAAAUUAUUUUUACUACGGAGGGCCGGGAAGAAAUGUGAAGUGCCCUUAA